GUUAGUCGAUCGCUCGGGCGCAGCAACUGCGGUCAUUCCAAUCCCAGAUCCGUAGAUAGCUUAUCGUGAACCCCUCGCUAGCCAAGAUGCUUCCUUACUGGUGUUGCAACGCUUUAGUCUUCUUGCUGGCGUCAUUGCUGGCGCUGUGCCCCUUCGCCUGGGCAAAGUUGCCGUCUUCAAUCAGACCAUGUGCCCGCGAUGACCCGCAGUUGGAGCGCUGCAUCAUCAACGCUGUCUACCAAAUAAGGCCACUGCUGGUUCACGGAAAUCUCGGGGAUGGCUACAGAACACCUCCGUUGGAGCCUUUGGCCCUCGAUAAUAUCGAACUGGGGCGGAGCAGUCAGUUCCAAGCUGUGUUUACGGAUCUCGAGGCCAACGGAGGCAACUUCAGAGGGAAGUACUCGCUGCACCUGAACUUGCUGCUUCUGGACAUAAAGGGAAAGGGAAACAUGCAGGGAUACUGCGAAAACGCGAAAGCUUCCGUUAAGAUGCGUGGCUCUCGCUACCUGCGAAAUGGGAAGGAUUAUGUAAAGUUCACAAAGAUGACCAUGCGCAUUGAUUUCAAGGACUUCAAGUUGAACUUGGAGAAUCUGUUCAACGGCGACCGGAUAUUGGGAGACGUGGGAAAUAGCCUGAUCAACAAUAACCAGGAACUGUACCUGAACGAGAUCGUGCCAGGCCUAGAGCAAGGUCUUUCCAAAAAGUUUUUAGAUGUGGCAAACGAAAUCCUGGCCACUGCUACCUUCGAUGAGAUGUUCCCGCCCGGAAGGACUGUCAUCAAUCCGAUCACACAUCCGUCGCGGUUACCUUCAGUGGGUCUCGGCCCAUCUAUAUUCGAGCCCCCCUUUGCUUCCCGAAAUCCCGACGGGGGUAUUCUGGACAGUUUAUCGCCCAGAAGGUCCCAUGAGUCAAGGCAUGACUAACUCGAGGGCCAUUUUUAUUGUUAAGAAAUCCCAUUUUGUAGCUGAUCGAUAAUAUAAGCAGUGUUCGUUCCAUUUCAUUUACUACUCCGUACUAGAUGUUCAGAGUUUGUAGAAAAAUAUCAAAAA